AUGAAUCUUUUAACAACGAAUGGUGUAAAGAUAUAUAAUGUAUCAGCAGGUAAAUCACUACCUGAAUGGUUAUCAGAAAAGAAACGUGAUCAAUUGAGAAAGGAUGAGGAGUUUAGACAGAGAAUAGAGUUGAUACAAGACUUUGCAUUCGAGACUUCAUCACGUCGUGUAAAGAUCACUCCCGAUGGCCAGUACCUCAUGGCCACCGGUAUAUACCCACCUCAACUCAAAGUGUUUGAGCUGAAUCAACUCUCAUCAAAGGUCACCAGGACACUAGAUUCACAGAUCGUUCAAUUCGAGGUAUUAUCUGAUGAUUAUUCAAAGCCAGUGUUCUUGAGAGAGGAUAGAUAUAUAGAGUUCCAUGCAAAGUAUGGAACAUACUUUAAGACUAGGAUUCCAAAGUUGGGAAGAGACAUUACAUAUCAUAGACCAUCAUGCGACUUGUAUAUUGGCGCAGGCGGCAACGAGGUCUACAGAUUAAACUUGGAGGAAGGACGCUUCAUGACACCACUGGUCACCGAUUUGCCAGCUGUCAACGUCGUGGCCCAGAACCCCGUGCAUCAGCUGAUGAUGUUUGGCGGUGAGAAUGGCGCCAUCGAGUGCUGGGACCCAAGACAGAGGACAAAGGUGUCCGCGCUCAAUGUGGCAUCGUCCAUCCCAGGCUACAACAUCCAGCAGGAUGACGUCGAGAUAUCCGCCGGCAAGUUUGGCCCCGAUGGCCUGCUGCUAGGCCUCGGCACAUCCAAUGGUGUGGUGAUGCUGUACGACAUGCGUGCGGCCAACCCCGUGAUGACCAAGCAUCACCAAUACCAGCUGCCCAUCAACUCGAUCAACUUCCACACGUACGCCGGCGUCACCCGCUUCAUGUCGUCCGACUCCAAGAUCCUUAAGGCAUUCGACAAGGACACGGGCAAGCUGUUCAUGGUGCUCGAGCCCAAGAGUCCCAUCAACGACGUGCUGUCCAUCGAUGGCACCGGCCUGAUAAUCAUGCCAGGCGAGACCGAAAAGAUACAAUCCUAUUACGUGCCCUCGCUUGGACCAGCACCCAAGUGGUCCUCAUUCCUCGACAACCUCACCGAAGAGUUGGAGGAGGACAAGCAACUAGUCUACGAGAACUACAAGUUCAUUACAAGAGAUGAGGUCGAGAAACUGGACAUUGAGAAGAUGAUUGGUACCAACUUGUUGCGAGCAUAUAUGCAUGGAUUCUUUAUUCAUAUCAAGUUGUAUAACAAGAUCAAGGCUGCACAGAAUCCAUUCGAAUACCAAGAGUACAGGGCUAAUAGGAUAGAGCAGGAGAUGAAGAAACAGACUGGCUCGAGAAUCGCCGCAAAGACUGCUGUUAAGAGGGAGACACCCAAGGUCAAUGCCAAGAUGGCCAACAGAAUGCAAGCCAUCAAGUUUACACAUUCGGAGGACGACAAGGAGAAGAAACAGAAGGAGAAGGAGGCUGGCGCCAACGCACUGCACGAUCCACGUUUCGCCAAAUUGUUUAUUGACCCCAACUUUGAGGCCAAAGAGGAUUCUGAAGAGUUCAAGCGUCUCAAUCCACGUGGCAAGCUUGCAAGAUUGGACUCAGCCAUCGCCGAGCACUUUGAAGAGGUGGACUCUGAUGACGAGGAUGAUGAUCAAGAUGUACCAGUGUCCAAUGGCAAAGGUCGUGGAACCAACGGCAAAGCUGCUGCAGCUAUCCAAGAUGACGAAGAUGAUGACUUUGAUGAUGGCGAGGAUGAUGCAUAUCCAACUUCAAAUGGAAUUGGCGGCGAUGAUAAUGAUGUCGAUUAUGAUGAUGGAGAGGAUGAUGAUGUGGACUCCAAGAGACCAAAGAAGAAGGUUAGCAUGUAUGAGAUUAGAGCAGGUCAUUCAGUGUCAUCACUAAACAAGAAGGGACAGAACACCAAACUGCUGCAGAAUGCACCAUUCUCAGUACGUGUGGACAAGGAGGAGAAAGGAAUCAAUCCACUCAAGAACGCCACAGUCGUCACCAAGGAUUCUGGCGACCUCGAGAUAUCAUUCAUUCCAUCAAAGGUAAGACGUCCAAGUCACGUGGAACAUGGUCCAAAGUCCAGUUUGACUAACAUCCACUCACUCACACUGGAACUAUUCCAAUCAAUCACUCACCCAAUCAAUCAAUCAAUCAAUGGACCAACAGCAGACUGGUGGAAAGAGGAAAGGAAGGAAAUAAAAGGAUAG